GGCUGUACCUUCACUUCCACUAUGGCCAUGGAGAUGAUGCACUUGGGCUCUCGCUCCCUCAACCACUCCUCCAGCGAUACAGAAGCUGAAUACGAUCGUCUGAGAGACCUAGCCCGGCAGGAAGCCGCAAAACGCUCCUCAUGCUUUGAUCGUGCCCAUCAAGCCUACGAAUCUGGCGACGGCGCCAAGGCAAAACAAUUGAGCGAUGAGGGCAAAGCGCACGCCCAAAAGAUGGAUCAGUAUAACGCACAAGCACGCGACUAUAUCUUUCGCGCAAACAACUCAGACGGUCGUGUUCCUUCCGAUACAGUCGACCUGCAUGGACUCUUUGUCGAGGAAGCUGAGGAUGUGUUGGAGGAUAGGAUUCGGGCUGCGCGGGGCGGCGGAGAAACCCACUUGCACGUUAUCGUAGGCAAGGGCAACCACAGCACAGGGCACGUACAGAAGAUCAAGCCCAGGGUCGAAAAGGUGUGCAGGGAGCUUGGUUUGCAUUAUCAGACGGAGGAGAACGAAGGAAGGAUCUAUGUGGAUCUGCAGGGCGGACAAGUCGGCCAGAUGCCGCCGCCUCCGCAAGCACCAUCGUAUGGUGGUUACCCUGGUCAGCAUCAAGGUGCUCCGGCUCAUCACGGUGGCAACCAACACCAUGGCGGUCAGCAGCAGCAUGGCGGUCAACAUGGUGGUCAACAUGGUGGCCAGCAGCAGAACCAGAACGAUGAGAUUGAGCAGAUGGUCAAAAAGGGCUUGCCAAAGUUACUCAAGGCCCUCAAGUGCUGCGUCGUCAUGUAA